AUUAUAUUUAUCAAGUUGGCAUUGAAUUUUAACAUUAAUAAAAAAUACAAUUCAAAACAAUCCAAAACAUCAACAAUUUCGAGAUUUCGGUUAUUGUACUGUGCUGUGUUUAUUUAAAUUCAAAGCUCGAAUUGUAGUGCAAUGUUCAAAGACAGCUACCAAAACGGACUUUUGUCUAUAUUUUAUAGCUGCGGGAGUAAGCCUUUAGCCCUCUGGUCAAAAAACGUGAAAAAUGGUUACGUGAAGAGGAUAACGGAUGAACAUGUCAAGUCUCUCGUUUUGGAAAUAAUGGGCAACAACGUCGUCUCGACGUACAUCGCCUGCCCUUCCGACAUGAACUCCUCCUUGGGGAUCAAACUUCCCUUCCUUGUCCUCAUUGUCAAGAAUUUAAAGAAAUAUUUCACAUUCGAAAUCCAGAUCUUGGAUGACCGCAAUAUGAAGAGGAGGUUGAGAAUAAGCAAUUACCAGUCCUCGACCAAGAUUCGACCUUUCGACUGCACAAUGCCGAUCGGCCUCAACGAAGGCUGGAACCAGGUGUACUUCAACCUUUCGGACUUCACGCGGCGUGCUUACGGCACUUCUUUCGUCGAAUGCCGUCGGGUUCAGGUCCACGCUAACUGCCGGCUGAGAAGGGUCUACUUUUCGGAUAAAUUGUACAACAACGACGAUUUACCUAAAGAAUACAGGCUUUUCCUUCCCGUGGCAUAGAUCGAUCCUUAGCCUUCCCUAACCGGGCUUUCCCUAACCGUUCUCCGUUCUUUUGUGAAUUACGUUCUUACAGCAGUAAUUUCGGUAUCUAAGUGAUUUGUCAAAUACGUGUUCCAUAAUUAAAGUGUAGAAGUUAUAGUUGUUCGCA